CGUCACAUGACGCAGCCCAUCAUGGCGGCGGGAGCGCGGCUGCCCGGGCCCGCGGCUCCGCAGGGCUGCUGCUGUUGCUGCUGUUGAGAGGCGGCGGCGGCGGCGGCGGCGCAGGCAGCGGGCAGGCGGGAAGGAUGAUGUUUCUGUGGCCGGAGCGGCGGGUGCGGAUCAGGAGCCGGGCUGAGGUUUGGCCGAAGCGACGUGUGCUCAGGAGCAGCCGGCGCGGGUGCCGCUGAGGCGGCUGAGGGAGGCAGGACCGACUGACGGGCGGACGGACGGACGGACGGAAGGCGACCGAGAAGAGCCGGCCCCGGGGCCGCGCCGUGGGCGAGAUGCCGGGGCCGCCGGCGUCGCUCCUGCUGCUGCUGCUGCUCCUGGCCGCCGGCGGGGCCGGCGCCGCGCCACUUCCGCAAACAGGUGCAGGUGAGGCACCUGCUGUGGAAGUUUCCUCAUCCUUUGUGAUCCUAUCUGUGUGCAGUUUAAUGAUAUUAAUAGUGUUAAUUGCCAACUGUGUAUCCUGCUGUAAGGACCCAGAAAUAGACUUUAAGGAAUUUGAAGAUAAUUUUGAUGAUGAAAUAGAUUUCACACCACCAGCAGAAGAUACUCCCUCCGUUCAAUCCCCAGCAGAAGUUUUCACCCUUUCAGUACCAAAUAUUUCACUACCAGCUCCAUCACAAUUCCAGCCUUCUGUAGAAGGUUUGAAGUCUCAAGUUGCCCGCCACAGUCUAAAUUAUAUACAGGAAAUUGGAAAUGGCUGGUUUGGAAAGGUCCUCCUUGGAGAGAUUUACACGGGCACUAGUGUAGCAAGAGUAAUAGUGAAGGAGCUAAAAGCAAGUGCAAGCCCAAAGGAACAGGAUACUUUUUUGAAAAAUGGAGAACCUUACUAUAUUCUUCAGCAUCCAAAUAUUCUUCAGUGUGUUGGACAAUGUGUAGAAGCAAUUCCCUAUCUUCUGGUGUUCGAGUUCUGUGACUUGGGCGACCUAAAGGCUUACCUGCGCGACGAGCAGGAGCACGUGCGGGGGGGCUCGCAGACCAUGCUGCUGCAGCGGAUGGCGUGCGAGAUCGCCGCGGGGCUGGCCGCCAUGCACAAGCUGCACUUCCUGCACAGUGAUUUAGCCCUGCGGAAUUGUUUUCUGACCUCGGACUUAAAUGUGAAAGUGGGAGAUUAUGGAAUAGGAUUCAGCAGGUACAAGGAGGAUUAUAUUGAAACAGAUGAUAAAAAAAUUUUCCCUCUGCGAUGGACUGCUCCAGAAUUAGUAACCAGCUUUCAAGACAGACUACUAACUGCAGAUCAAACUAAGUAUAGUAAUAUCUGGUCCCUGGGUGUGACACUUUGGGAGCUUUUUGAUAAUGCUGCUCAGCCUUAUUCCAACCUUUCCAACUUAGAUGUUCUCAAUCAGGUCAUCCGGGAGAGAGACACAAAGCUCCCUAAGCCCCAGCUGGAGCAGCCUUAUUCCGAUAGAUGGUAUGAAGUUUUACAGUUUUGCUGGCUGUCACCAGACAAGAGACCAGCAGCCGAAGACGUGCAUAGACUGCUCACCUACCUGCGGAUGCAAAGCCAAAGGGACUCGGAAGUCGACUUUGAACAACAGUGGAAUGCUCUUAAACCAAAUACAAACAGCAGAGACGCUUCCAGUAAUGCUGCGUUCCCGAUUCUCGACCACUUUCCCCGGGACCGGCUUGGUCGUGAAAUGGAGGAAGUCCUCACCGUGACUGAGACGAGCCAGGGCCUGAGCUUCGAGUACGUCUGGGAGGCGGCUAAGCACGAUCACUUCGACGAGCGCGCUCGGGGCCACCCGGACGAAGCCCUGUCCUACACAAGCAUCUUCUUUCCAGUUGAAGUUUUCGAGAGUUCGCUUUCGGAUCCCGGGCCCAGGAAACAAGACGACAGUGGCCAGGAUGUCCCCCUCAGGGCCCCUGGAGUUGUUCCCGUGUUUGACGCCCACAACCUUUCUGUGGGGAGUGACUAUUACAUCCAGUUAGAAGAAAAAAGCGGGAGCACCUUGGAGCUCGAUUACCCACCUGCACUGCUUACCACUGAGAUGGAUAAUCCAGAAAGAAGAAGUGACGAGGCGUCUCAGUUUCUGACACUCAGGAAUCUGGAAUUGGAGGAGUCCAGUACAGAUGAGGAUUUCUUCCAGAGCAGCGCAGACCCCAAAGAUUCCACCACACCCGAGGACGUACACGUUACCGGGGGCCCUGAGAGUCCUUUCAACAGUAUAUUUAGUGAUCUUGACAAAUCAGAGGAUUUGCCCAGUCACCAAAAAAUAUUUGACUUAAUGGAACUGAACGGAGUUCAAAGUGACUUGAAGCCAACGACUUUACGUUCGAGUUUGGAGGACCCCAAAGAGUCAGUAGUCACGUGCCACUUUGAGAAAGAAAAGCCCCAUAAACUUUUUGACUCUGAGCUUCUUUGCUCAUCAGAAAACCUUGUGCACCAAGAUAAUUUCGAUCCGCUGGAUGUUGAAGAAUUGUCAGAAAACUUUUUAUUUCUUCAAGAGAGGAACUUAGUAAAAGACUCAUUGUCUAGCAAAGAACAUAUAAACGAUCUUCAAACAGAGCUUAAAAAUGCCGGUUUUACUGAAACUAUCUUAGAAACUCCACGUAGAAACUCUUUAGAUACUGAGCUUAAGUUUGCUGAAAAUAAACCAGGCUUUUCUCUGUUGCGGGAGAACACGAGUGCAAAGGGGAAAGAUGCAGGUGUCCUGCCCAGCGACAGCGCUUUGCACACCUCACUGCAGUCUUCCCCAGAAGUGCAGGGGCCCCCUACCUCGCUCGAAACAGAAGGAACGCCUCAUAGUGCACCCCCAGAUACGUGCCCGAAGCAGGGAGAAACCAAGCCCACGUGUUUAGAUGCCGGUCUCCAUGAAGACCGUCUCUGCCAAGAAACCAGCCCAGACUCUGUGACCGUCCCAGCUGAAAUUCCCCUGACUGAUGCCAAGACACAGGGUGUUGGCGACAGGUCCCGUGACUUGACUCAGCAAAGUGAGGCAGCCUUGAGACUACCCAAAAGUGACUCAGUGCUUGUUGAUGACGUUUUUGCCAGUAAGGUGGGUAUAGAGAAGAGUCUUCCAGAAUUGAGACAGGACUCAGAGAAUCAGCCACUUUGCGAAGACCAUCGCAGUCACAGUCUGCUGGAGAAAAGCUUGGAGGCUGUGGAGACUCUGAAGCAGCUGAAUUAUAAAGAUGCCGCAAAAGAGACGGGCCUGGUGUCUGCCCUCUCCUCGGACUCCACCAGUCAAGACAGCCUGUUAGAAGACAGCUUGUCCACACCCAUUCCAACAUCGGAACAGUCUCUGGAGACCCCGGACUCUCUGGACUCUGUGGACGUCCGUGAAGUUCUGCUGGGCUCUUUGGGCUCUCACACACCUCAGAAACUCUUGCCCCCCGAUAAGCCUGCAGACAGUGGCUACGAGACAGAGAACUUGGAGUCCCCUGAGUGGACUCUGCACCCUGCUCCUGAUGGCACCUCAGCCUCUGAGGCGACCACGGCAGGCAACAGCGGUCAUGGCGAGUUGCCUCCCAACCCUGUCAUUGUCAUCUCAGAUGCAGCUGAUGGCCACAGGGGCACAGAAGUGACUUCACAGACUUUCACGUCUGGCUCCCAGAGCUCAUACAGAGACUCUGCUUACUUCUCAGACAAUGACUCUGAGCCUGAUAAGAAGUCGGAGGGGGUCCCAGGAACCCCAGCGUUGGCCUCGACGAUAGUAGCGGAUCAGCCCCUGCCUGAGCCAGUCAUCCCAGAGCAGAGUCCUGGCACCAAGGACAGUUGCCCGGAAACCAAAAAUAGCCAGCCUGACCAAAGUUGUCUGUCUGCUUUGCAAAAUUCCAGUCACCCGGAAUUAAGAGAAACGUCAGAACCAGCAGUGACUGACGUUUCCAGACAGACGCAUCCUGAAGACGAGGCUGGCAGCCCCUUGAGUCUGUGGAACUCAGAGCUGAGCAGCGGUGAUGACUUUGAGGCCCAGGAAGAGCGCCCCUGCACGCUCGCCUCCACUGGAACCAACACCAACGAGCUCCUGGCGUUUGCAAAUUCCACCCUCCGCUCCGGCAGCCCGGCGGACCUGACGGAGGAGGAGUCCUCAGGCGGCCACUCCGAGGGCCCCAAGCUCAAGGAGCCGGAUAUCGAAGGGAAAUACCUGGGGAAGCUUGGUGUAUCGGGGCUGCUGGACCUCUCCGAGGACGGAAUCGAUGCGGACGAGGAGGACGAAAACAGUGACGACUCGGACGAGGACCUGCGUGCGUUCCACCUGCACAGCCUCAGCUCCGAGUCGGAGGAUGACACCGAGCACCCCGUCCCCGUGAUCCUCAGCAGCGAGGACGGGAGGCACUUACGGAGCCUCUUGAAGCCCUCGGCCGCUGUUGCCGUUGACCAGCUACCAGAUGACUGGAAAAAGGAAAAGAAGGCCGUGACGUUUUUUGACGAUGUCACAGUCUAUCUGUUUGACCAGGAGACCCCAACCAAAGAGCUGGGACACUGUGGAGGAGAAGCGCACGGCCCCGACUUGAGCAGCCCAGCACCUUCGUCAGGCUUCCCCUACCUGAGCAGGUGUAUCAAUUCCGAAAGUUCAACUGACGAAGAAGGUGGAGGCUUUGAAUGGGACGAUGAUUUCUCCCCAGACCCUUUCAUGUCAAAGACAACGAGCAACCUUCUUAGUUCCAAGCCUUCUCUUCAGACAUCAAAGUACUUUUCUCCGCCGCCGCCGCCCCGGAGUGUGGAGCCGAGCUGGCCCCACGCGUCGCCAUAUUCCAGGUUCUCCAUCUCUCCUGCCAACAUCGCCAGCUUCUCUCUCACUCAUCUUACCGACUCGGACAUCGAGCAAGGAGGUGAGACAGGAAGCAGCGAAGAUGGAGAAAAAGAUUAGGCGGAUGCUGACACCCUCCGGGGUCCCAGGCUGCUCCCCCAGGGCGGCAUUCGUGCGCUGCCAGCGAGCUUCGACAUCCACUCCACAUCUGCUGAAAUGGAACAGGGAGAGACUCAGGAGGCAAAAGGGAGCCAGCGCUGGGCUCCGAGCGCCGAGCCCGCGGCCGGAAGCCGGGCUGGGCAGGCGUGGUCUCGUCCGGUGCGGAGUGCUGCCCUGCAGCUGCGCCCUGCGGCCGCUCUCACCGCUGCAAGUGCUCACGCUCAGGUGUCCUUGGGGAGCGCCGACCCCGCUCCGGUGUGCAGGGGACUGUAGGCUCCGGGUUGUUCCUGGUUGCCCUGCGGGGUGCUGUCUGAGUCCACACCUGUAUGCAGGGGCCCAGAGGACGCACAAUGGGAAUUGGCACCAGUGAGCCAUAUUUAUUACUUUUAAAGAAAUCACUAAUUGCUUUCUGUAAUUGCACUGUGGAUAAAUGUUCCAAGAGUCCCUGAUAUUGUACAGAAUCUUAAAUUAUUCAAGGAAAAUAAGGCAGGUCAAGCUGGUGCUAUCCACUAGUUUGAUUUUUUUUCUGUUUUAUAGUUUGUUUGCAUGGUACUUGUAAAGCUUCCAUAUUUUGAGUGUCACGCUGUCUUUAGAAUUGUUGGAAUUGUACAUAUGGUACUCUUUCGUACGCGAUAAAUGAUUCCGAAUGUUAGUGUUUUAUGUUCUUAUAGGAAAUAUUUUUGAUGAGUCCAAAAAGACUGCUCUGUUCUGUGGGGUGAGUGAAACACAUUUUUGUCUCUUCUCUAUAAAGUUUCCCUGCAGCAGAUGAGGCUUCUGAGGAGCUGAAGGGUCUUGCACCCCAUUCGUGUCAUUCUCCCACCCUGCCCCCCUAUUUUUUAGACCGUUUUGGUAAAAAUCAGCAGGUGGUGCACCCAGAACUCAGCUGCAGGUUAGAAUGCCUGGGUCCCCCGACCCCUCUCCCUGGGGAGCCGAGCGGCUCCCUGCCUGCUGUGUUCUGAGUGGCAGGUCGAGUGACCUGCAGACAGAGUGUGGCGCCCAGGCCUCCUCCCCUCAAAGCCGGCUCUUCUGCUCGAUUCUAGAAGUGCAGACUGCUGUGGCUUCCGUGUCCUUGUACCGCCUUCCCCCGGGAAGGUGGAGGCUCCGAGGAAGCAGCCGCCCCGCAGAGGGCUCUGGCACCGAGGGCGGGUUGGCUUCUUUCUUCUUUCCACUUCAGGUGUUGAUCGCCCCUCAGAACCCCUUCGAGUGUGUCACAUCCAGGUGUGGCUGCUCUCUGUAACCGAGGACAUACACUACAUCCCUACAUCCCACAGCCGUGAGGGGCGACAAGGGACAACGGUAGAGCCUCUGCAGCUGGCACAUCCUCCUGGUCGGAACCUUGAGUGGCCCCGCGUGGCUGUCACAUCCAGACGCCGGCCCGGGGCUCGUCUGCCUGACCCUUCCCUCUGCAUUAAGCACCAAGUUCUCCCCUUGCUUCGAAAGGGACCGAGCAUGUCCAGCGCAACCUCAUCAUGGUGGCAGGAGUCGGUGUUCCAAGUAAAAAGCUGACCUCCCGCAGUUCUUGAGUUCUGCUCUGAUGUCAGGAAGUUUCCAGGGGCUAGAGCAGCGGAGCGGCGUGUGCUGAGGGAGGCUCGCCGUGUCCCUGAGGAAGCCGUGUGUACCAGGCAGGGCCUCAGGUCUGCCGUCCCGGUGCUGGCCUCAGCCCAGGCGUUUUCCGGUGCUGAUGCGCUCUCCCGACUCCAGCGGAACACCAGGAGGACCCCAGGCCCGGGCUGUGGCUGCGGGAUGUCGGUCACAGGCGCUCGGGGCCUGGUGCGAGGUGCAGCGUGUCCUGGCCAGAGUUAGGCUGCGGCUGCGGGACGUCAGUCAGGCGCUCGGGGCCUGGUGCGAGGUGCAGCGUGUCCUGGCCAGAGUUAGGCUGCGGCUGCGGGACGUCAGUCAGGCGCUCGGGGCCUGGUGCGAGGUGCAGCGUGUCCUGGCCAGAGUUAGGCAGCGGCUGCGGGACGUCAGUCAGGCGCUCGGGGCCUGGUGCGAGGUGCAGCGUGUCCUGGCCAGUUAGGCAGCAGAUUGUGACCUUUCUGCUCAGCUCUGGGUCACUUCACUGACUUUAUAGCAGCAAUAACUUUCCCAAGCAGGGAAACUGAGGGUGGAGAAAGGGCCCUGCACCCUCCACUCGGGGUGAGCUGGGGCGGGCGUCGCCGGAGGACCCUGCCAGCCAGCGCUGGGCCUGCCUCCGACGUGCACAGCCAAACACAUGGGGAGGUGAUUUUGCCAAAAUUGUGAUAACGCCGAAUUUAUUGCUAUGGAGGCUUCCUGAGUUUUCUGGAUUUUUACAUCUGACUGCCAGUCUCAGUUGAGAGAGAAAUGAGAGGCACUUAACACCAGUUUUCUCGAAUUAAGGAGCUCAGAUUAAUCACUCACAUCAAGCAAAUCUGUAGAAUAUAUAGUCUUCUUAUACAGUCAGCCUGGGACAAAUUUAUUGAUAUUUUGGGGCUGUACAUUUUUCACUAUGAUUAAGGAGAUUUUAAUGACAUAAUUCCCAUUUUAAUUUAUUUUAAGUCUAUAUCACUGUCAUAAUUAAUUGCCAAAAAAAGCAUUUUAUACGUUGCGUUGGGGGGCGGGCUGGGGUAGUAGAUACUGUUGUGGCGUUGCAUGGUGGGGAAGACUCUAUUUAUAAUAAACAUGUGACUUGACAUGUUCUUUUGAAAUCUCAAGCAAUACACGGGAAAUAAAUUAUGUAGAUUAAAAUUUUCAGCCCAUUUUUGAAAUGUCAGCAUGUGCUUUCUUGUUCGAUUUUGUUUUUUUUACUCAGUUGCUUACCAGUGGUGGGUUUUUGAGUCAUACUUGUUCUAAUGAGUUAUGCAGUGACAUAAACCAGUGGCAUUCUCUAGAUAGUAUGGGUGAGGUUCAUAAUACCUGGUUCACACUAUUUCCUGGCCUCCUGUGGAAUCUGUCAGAUUUUAAUUAGUCUUACUUUGGUGGAAUUUACGUAUUUUAAAUCCUACGAUAGAAAUAAUCGAACCUUCAUGUCCUUCCUAGCUAGAUGUUAAUUUGUGUUAUCCAAUGACCCUGUCAUUAGCCAGAAAGAGAAAUGGAGAAAAAGUGCUCCCCACAUCCUUGUGGCCUGGCCUGUGCGCCUGGGGAGAAGCCAUUCAUCUUCAGGGUGAAGACGCCCAGCGCCACGAACAGCGUUCCUUCUAUUUUUAAACGUACAGGCGAUUGUUUCUAUAGAAAUGGGUUUAUCUAAGAGAAGCCUUUGUAUGUCUUGCUGCCGUAAAACGCCUUUCAAAACCUCUUCCUUGUAUUGCAUUUUCCAUAGGGUGUUCGUAGGGUCGAUGACUUGCUGCGUGUCUGCCUGAGGGCCCCGGGCACAAGGGAGGCAGCUGCCGGCUUUGCUCUGCCCUGCCCGUCAUCUGAAAAUUCCAGAAGUGAACCAAGUGUCAGGCUCCAAACGUUGGGCGUCAGUUAUGGGGGCUUCAAAUUAUCAGCCUUACGAGAAGCAGCCUUAAAAUAAGAAUGGGUGUACACAGUUACUUCAGAUUUAAAUCCCCCAAAACAAUAUUCCUAGGUAGUAAGGAGGUUGGCUCAAGUUUUGGCUAUUAAAAAGAGACUUCUCUGUAGUAUAUAAAUAAAUUCUUCAAGAUGUGUCGACAGUAUUGAUUACCAACAGCCUGGUACUGGAGUGGCUUGAACCUGUUGUGGUUGUCCCAGUUCGCGCAGGCGUGGAUGGAGCUGGAUACUGGACUGGCGUGUGUACCCACUGUCUAAUUCCGUCCGCAGAUGAGGACCUCAGGGCGGUCACACCUACGAGGUGUCCCUGUCGUGCUUUAACACAGCUGUAAGAGGUUCAUGGCAAUAUAACAGUUCCUGAACUUUCAAUUCAAAUUGUGUACAUUUUUAAAUUGUAAGAUUUUUACUGUAUAUUGAUGCAUAGUGUGAUUCAAUAAAUUGCUUGUAAUUUAAAAACUAUUUAAUAUUCAAAAUAAAUAUAGUUAUAUAUUUA